UUAUGGAUUAAUGCUAAAUAAUCUUGUUUUAGGCAUUACUUAUGAUGAACCAGUACUUAGUUCAAAUGAUACUUUUCUUGAAGAAUUAGUUACUGAGGAAUAUAAUGUGCAACCAGGAACCUCUUUAAGUAUUGGUGGUGCCAAAUUUGGAGAAUCAGCAGUAGAAGAGAUUGAUGUUGAGCCAACUCCAUCUACAAGCAAUUUUCAUUUUGUGGAAGAUUUACAUACAUCAGGAUCAAUGAUUCAAACUCCCAAAUGCUUACCCCCUGGAAGCCUUUUUGAAAGUCCUAAGAAAGGAUCUUCCAUCAGUAUAUACUCUCCAAGGACACCUAAGCAACGCAGAGAUUUAAGGAGGAGAUUUAACCUCUUGCACCAUGCCAAUUCCACUAGAGCUGCUCAAUUGACACCUAAGGCCAAAACGUUUUAUGGAAUAGCAAGAGGUAUGGUGCGUCUGGCUCGAAGACUAGAUGUUGAAAAUUCUAACAUAAAGAAACGUCUGCAUGAAGUCCAAAAGUUUGCAGAGUCAGGUGACUUUAUGACAACUAAAGUUAACCAGAUAACACUUAACUUCAUACAUAGCCAGAUUGCCAUGCAGUCAAAAAGAAGUAGGGGUCGUCGUUACUCAUUAGAGGAUAAAAUUUUUGCAUUGUCUCUUUUAAAACAGAGUCCAAGAGGCUACCGUCUUUUGCAGAAGACAUUUGCACUGCCUUCGAGGAAGGUUUUAAUGGACCUUUUAAAUAAGGUUCCAUUUAGAACAGGCCUUAACAGGCAUAUCCUCGAAGCAAUGAAGUUGUCUGUACAGAAGAUGGAUGAAGCUGACAGGGUUUGCAGCGUAAUGUAUGACGAGAUGCAUCUGGAUGCCUCUCUUACUUACAAUGAAAAAACAGACUCCAUUGAUGGUUUUGUUGAUUGUGGAGGAGGGAGAAUGGAAAAAUUUGCAGACCAUGCUAUGGUUUUUAUGGCCAGGGGCUUAAGAAGAAAAUGGAAGCAGCCCAUUUGCUACUAUUUUUCCGAAAGUGGCAUGAGUGCUCCUGAUAUAGUUAGGAAUUUAAAAGAAGUCAUUCGAUCACUUCAAGAAAUUGGUCUGAAAGUUGUUGCCACUGUGUGUGACCAACUGUCCAUCAACUCAACCGCUAUUAAAAUGCUUAAGGAUGAAACCAACAGAAAAUACCAUCUAUCAGGAAAAGAAAAUAGAUGUUUGGGUUUUGAGGUUGAUGGAAGUGAGGUUGUUCCUCUUUAUGACUGCCCCCAUUUGCUCAAGGGAAUGAGGAACAACUUCAGCGAAUAUGAUGUGACGUUUAUGUGGAAAGAGGGAACACAAACUGCAUCAUGGGAGCAUGUUCAAAGUCUCUAUGAAUUAGAUGUGGGCGACUUUGACACACGAAUGUUAAAUAAAUUAACAGAUGCCCACAUCUACAAAGAAAAAAUGAAGAAGAUGAAAGUGAAACAUGCUGCACAAGUAUUCUCCCAUAGAGUAUCUUCAACUAUGAGGGGACUUGUAAAAUAUGGAAACGAAUGCCUUCCACAAAAUGCAUUGGGGACUGCCAAUUUUUUAAUGUUCAUGGACAAGCUUUUUGAUAGUGUUAAUGGAUCACUUAUGAAGCCAGAACAUGGUAAAAUGCUGAAAUGUGCGGUGACAAAAUCUUCCCCACAUAUUGCAUUUUGGGAUGAAGCCAUUGGUGUCCUGAAAACCAUCAAGUUCCAAAGAAAAGGAAAGGAUUUUGUCCCCCCAACGGUUAAAAAUUGGAUAACAACACUUCAUGGCUUUAAAUACAUCUGGAGAAAUCUCAACAGGAACAAGUUUGAAUUUCUUUGCACAAGAAAUUUAAACCAAGAUCCUGUUGAAAAUUUCUUUGGAUGUAUAAGAAGCCAUGGGGUUAGGAAUAUUAAUCCUACGCCCAGCUCCUUCACUGCUUCCUUUAAAAGCCUUAUUAUUAGCAAUUUUGUGUCUUCUCACUCUCCAGGUGCAAAUUGCGAGGAGGAUGAAAGUGAAGGAGCACUUAAUUCUUUAAAGAAUUUUCUAUCCUGCAAUAUAACUGUAGAGCCUGCUGUUUCUUUAGAAACGCCACAAGUUACUAAAGAAACAUUUCAAUUUUCAAAUAUCAAUGAAAUAAAUAAACAAACUCACUCUUAUAUUGCAGGAUACAUGGCAAGAAAAUUGUUAAAAAAAAUUGGGCAGUGUAGUUGUUGUAAAAAGGAACUAACAACAACAAGGUUGGAAAAGGAGCAUGGCCUUAUUGAGGCAAGAUCUUAUGGGCCUAAGGCACUUUUAAGACCAAAUAGCAACUUUACACAAAUAUUUGGGAUGUGCAACGAAGUUGUUCACCACUUUUUGCCCAAAAUCGCAUAUAAGAACAAUUUGCAAAAAAAAUUAAGAGAAAGGAUUAAUGAAUUUGUUCCUCUUAAUUUUUCUUGCAAAAAGCAUAAUCUGAACUUUUGUUUUGUUCAAAAGUUUUUAUCAUUUUACUUAUAUGUUUGGACAAAAAAUAUAAAUAAAAUCCUAAAAGGGACAGACUCGAGGAAUAUCAAUGAUCCAAUUAAAGUUAUGGCUUUAGAACGAUACAAAAAAUUUAAAAAAAGGAAGGAGGCAAUAACAAAACUAAAGAAAACUGUUAAUUAGUUUUGUAUUUUUUUGUAUUUUGUAUUAUUAUUUUCAAUUUUUGAGUUUGUAUUUCGUCAAUUAUAUUAAAUAUAAAAAAAUUCUGAUUUAAUUUCAUGUCUUUUUUAAUUACAAUUUGAAAGUAAUUUUUUUUAUACUUUCUAAUUUAAUGUAACUGUAUUAACUACAAACUCAAACAUUAAAAAUAUUUAUUCUAUUUGAUUAAAAUAUAUUGUUUUUUUUUGUUAAACAAGAAAUUUGCUAAGAGGCUGAAGAACCUUGUUUCUAAAAUCUAUUUUUUUCUAAUAAUAAAGAUCAUUUAUUAUUUAUUGGUCAAAAAAGUCGUUUUUGUGAAAAAUAUUUUUAGUAUU